UAUCCCGUAAAUAAUAGAGAUAAAUUCCAGAAAAAUAAGAUAAUAUCUGGGAGAGAUCGGGGGAAGAAUAGAAUGAUGGCGACUUCAAAAAUGGCAGCAGCGGCAGCGGAGAGGGUGGGUUCGGCGGUGAGACGGCAAGCCCUAACCCUAACAGAAACAGCCGCCGGUAGAAUACGUCACCUAUUACAGCAGCGUCAACGGCCUUAUCUUAAACUUGGCGUAAAAGCUCGCGGCUGUAAUGGCCUUUCUUAUACCCUUAAUUAUGCAGAUGAGAAAGGGAAAUUUGAUGAGUUGAUUGAGGACAAGGGUGUGAAGAUAUUGAUAGACCCAAAGGCUCUUAUGCAUGUUAUUGGAACCAAGAUGGACUUUGUUGACGACAAACUCAGGUCUGAAUUCAUAUUUAUUAACCCAAACUCAAAAGGCCAGUGUGGCUGUGGCGAGUCUUUUAUGACAACAAGUGGCGCAGAAGCUGCAAAAGCCAGUGGCAGUACUUGAUCAUCUGCGCAACAAACUUCGAGUUGGCUCCUCAAGCACCAAUUCAUUCAUCCCCCUUUCCGAAAUUGAGUUUCGUCUAUAACAGAAGGAACCAACUCUUCUAUUUUGAUCCAUGAUACUAACAGUAGUUAGCCUUUGGCACCCUUUUUUGGCCGAAGGGUAGUUGGCAAAAAUGGCAAAUUAGGCUGUCUAGGUAGUUUGUAAAAAAAUGUACUUUAUUACUCUAUAUAAAAGUAUAAGUUAGUUUGUCGAUUAA